UCUGCCCACAUUUUUUCCAGCCCCCACUGGGCGGAGAGAGCACUCAGUGAAUGAACAAGAGAGAGAGAAACAGAGCGAGAUCUCACUUCUCUACAGACUCUAUACAGACUUCAGUGUCUGUGCUGCAUUUUGGAACUGGUACCAGUGAUGGAGGUUUAAUAUUAAACUUGGAUGAGAUGGAUUGGAUCCGAGUGCUGGGCUUUAUUGGUCUGGUAAUCAUCGUACCAGCAUCACCGUCCAAGGUGCUCAGUGGCCAGCGCAUCUGCAAGCUAGGCACCAACAAACCCUGCUACAAAAUCGGCUAUUUCCAGGAGAACCAGCGCAAAUUAAACUUCGAGGAGGCCAGACGGGCCUGCCAGAGAGAUGGAGGAGAACUCCUCAGCAUCGAAUCGUCAGCCGAGCAGAAUCUCAUCGAGGGAUUUAUACACGAGCUGAGAGCGUCAGACGGCGACUUCUGGAUCGGGCUACGCAGAGAGCCCAGCUAUGAGGAGAGCUCUGGAGACUGCACGUCUCAGUAUUACUGGCUGGAUGGUAGUCGUUCAACUUUCAGGAACUGGCACUGGGACGAACCCUCCUGUGGUUACGAGGUGUGCGUGGUGAUGUACCACCAGCCGUCGGCCUCUUCAGGUCCAGAUGGUCUCUACAUGUUCCAGUGGAAUGAUGACAACUGUGAAACCAAGAACAACUUCAUCUGCAAGUACACCAAAGAUAAAGCUCCUGUUCCACCUGCUGAACGAAACAGAACACGCACAGGUAAUCUGUUUAAAGUUCUUCAGUCUCGGCCAACAGCAGAAGUGACCAAAAAUAAAUCAGUGGUUGUUAAUGGUGAUGUGAACAGUGUUUCUGAACAUACAGAUAACGCUCUCAACAUUGCUUACAUUAUUCUCCCGACGAUACCUCUUCUGCUCCUUCUCAUCGUAGCUGUUGGAGUUUUCUGCUUCAGGCUUUUCUCUAAAAGGAGAAAGGACACCCCAGCUCCUCCUCCCCAUGAGCGUUUCCCCUGGGUGUCCGGAGAGCGCUGCAGCAGCCCGAGUCCGGACGUCUACAACGUGAUCCGGAGGCAGCACGACGCCGAUCUGAGCGAAACCCGACCUCAAACCAAAAACACCUCGUUUCUGGGCUCCUCCCCGGAUACGCCGACCGGCGAGUACGAUAACCUGGGUACCCGCGACACCGAGAGCGGCUUCGUCACCCUGGCCAGCACCGAGAGCGGCUUCGUGCCUAACGAGAUCUAUGAGGCGUGCCAGGGCCGCACCGGCUCCAGGUACUACAAGGAGCACGGCUGGCUGGAUAACGAGCUCUACGGCUACUGAACCAGACCUGUAGGACUCGGAUGAACGAACCUCUAUACUUCUGGCAGCCAGAGAUCCCGGACGGAUCCGGGUCAUGGAUGUGCUGAGGCAAACUCAACUUUUUACAUUGGUGUCUACAGACAAUGAUCUGCUAAAGCCAGAAGAGUUGAGAAGAACUUUUUGCCUUUUAAAGCCAAUGAUGACCAAUGAGGCCUAAAGUUUGAGCUAUGCACGGACUGACUCUAAAAUUGCUCCCUAUUUCCAUAACCUACAUAAUACAACAUGUGUUAUGGGUGCUCUGCAUCAACUAGGCGACAAUGGAAGUGUUAGGAAUGGCAUGUCACAUAUUCUAGCACAAAAUACUUGGCCAGCAGUAUGUACAGUAGUAUGCAGCGUGUGAACCACAUGAAUAUUAAGCAUGCCAGAAAUACCAUAAAAAUCCAUAAAAGCAUCAUCCGGGCUGGAGCUCAAUAGCUAACAAAUCUUACUCUAGUCUGAGCCAUUUGGUUUAGACUAUACAGUAUAUGGUAACAUUUGGGAUUCAGGCUUAAAUAAUGACCCAGGAGUUUUUACGAACUACAAUUGUGUAGUAAAAAUUGGUAUUUUCGAACUGUCUACGCACCGCACACGACCACACUCGACAGCAUGUAAUGCAGUGUACGUUAUAUACUGGAGAGUGGCGACUAAAGUGUGGAUGCUGCACCGCAUCAGGACCUACGGACCUGGGUACGAUCUUUGCGUCUGGUCUCUGUCUGUAAGAAGGUUGGUUUGUACUUUCUGUCCCGUGUCCGUCUCUAUAACAUGCAGAAGGUGGCAGCCCGGACUUCACCUCUCUCAGCCACAUAUUUCAGCUCCCUCUGAGGUAGAGGAUCCCCAGGCAUUCCCAAGUUGCAUAAAUAUGAUCCUAUGCUUCCACAAGUCAUCCUUGCUAGAUAUCCAAACCACUUUACCUGCCUUUCAGCAGCUUCUUAUUCAUGGCAGACCUCUUUUUUUUUUAAUGGCUGUUGGCUUACUCCUGACCAUCCAGCAUACUGUGAAUCAGAGGCAACUGUUCCAUGUAUUUUUGAAUCAAUGCAGUUAAAACAGCUCUAUUUAAAUGGGCUAAAAUGACUUGUGGACAGAUUUGCCUGAAACUUGAACCAAAGAAAUAUCUUCUGCCAUUUUUGCCAAAAAGUAUGGAUGCAUUUGUAAUUAUAAUAAUAAAAUCUGUUAAUAAAACAGAAAUGUCAAACUGAUUUUAUGUGUAAAUUCACACACAUUAAAAACAUGUUAUUUAUAUGGAUGUAAGCAUCACGUCCACUUUGAUUUGGAAACCCACAGAUUUGUAUUUUAUCACAACCUCCAAAGCUGGCAGCUGUAUUUAUGGUACAUUUGCUCGAUUUAUUGUUAUUGUAUUUGUGUGAGGUCAUUAGUAUUUUUAGAGAUUUGUAUGAGAUAAUUAUUGAUAUCGACCAGCAGAGGGCGGUACAGUAACAUCACGUUAUCAUGUAUAUUCAAACGCACAGGCCUGACAGGUACAUAAGGAAUUUAAUCUGUCCUGUAAUCCAGCAGCAGUGAAUAUCAUGAUCUAAUGAAUGAUGAAAUGAUUGAAUGAAUUAAUAAAUGUAAAUGUGACUAAGUUCUGAAAUACAGCAGUAGUGCAAAUC